AUGGCAAAAAUUCAAGACCUAAAGAUCGAGGAACUCAAACAGGAGUUGGAGAAGCGAAAUUUAGCAACCUCCGGAAGGAAAGUAGAGUUACUAUCACGGCUGCGAGAGGCUAUGGAAAAGGAAGGUAUCGACGUUGACAAAUACGACUUUCAUCGUGAGGACGAUACGCCAUUAACGAAGAACGAACAGAAGGAUGAGGCUGAUUGUUCGUCGAAGGGUUUGCAGCAGAUAGCCGGUAAGGGUGAAGAACAGCAAAAGGCUCCUAGUUCAUCAACAGGUAUGAANUGCGGCAACAUGAUGCAGGAACAGAGGUCGCAGUUGUCUGCAGACGUUUCCUCACAGAUGCAAGCGUUGGAGACACGUAUAUCUUCAGAGGUAUCAGCGCAGGUGUCAUCGCAGGUGUCAUCCCGGUUAGAAACUCAGCUACAGGCACAGAAGGAACGCAUAUCAUCACAGCUGGAAGCACAGGAUGAAAAAAUUACUCUAAUACAGGACAAAAUUGAAGAGAGACUGGAGAAAGUCGAAGCAAAGGUAGAAGAAUUGGAAGGACGUCUUCGUGAUUUACAGUUGAAUCGUCCAGCUACUUCGACGAGCGCACCGAAGCACUUCGAAGAGGAGUGGUAUUAA